CCAUUGCUAUUCCAGCCCAACCCAGCCUAGCCCGGCCCACUCCACUCCACUAGCAGUGACAGACAGAUCACGUUUGACUCGACGCUCAAGCCCGAAUCUCUCGAUGUGGUCCGUCGCGCGAGAGGGCCGUGCCAUCCGCUGCCUACUUGCCUCCCAUUUGCGCUUCGUCGCGGUGCAAAUGAUGGUGGUUUGAGUUCGAUCUCGAGGUUUUUGUCACCGUUUUGCGGUUGGAGUGUGUGUGUGUGUGUGUGUGUUUCGCCGAAGCUGAGGGGCGUGGUUGGUAUCUGUUCGGCGGCCAUGUGGUGGUGGGGUGCGGAGACGUCACGGUUGGGUUGGCGAGUGUCGUUAAUUCCUUGACUUGGUAGCACUUUUGUAAAGGGAGAGGUUGGAUGAGGGUCGUAUGGCGGCGGCGGGAGCUUGAUCUGGUGAUUUCUUGGAGGCAGGGGUGCGAUUACUUGGGUUGUGGUGGAAUUGGACACAUUUUUUAUGAGAUAGGUUGGUUUGGAGUGUGACGGGGUGGAAGAGUUAUGGAUGGGAGUCUGGUGUGACACAACGGUGGCAGAGAUGGGAUGAGGAAAGUGUGAGGGUUGGAGCGGGUCUCUCUCUCUCUCUCUCUCUCUCUUUUUUUUUUUUUUUUUUUUUUUUUUUUUUUGUAGUUAAGGUGCAUGCUUUCUUUCAGUGUAUGGUAAUGAUGAUGGAAACUCAAGUGCCGAGCUUCUGGGACGCCGGGGACUCGGCCAUGAUCGAGGCGUUCAUGGGACCGGCUUAUGGAAUCCCAAGUAGUUAUGAGGUACAGGAUGAUUUGGCAAGCACAACCGAGAAGGGGCUGGAACUGAGUGAGACUGUGCUGCUUAGGAGGUUGCACACACUGGUUGAGGAGACCUCAUCAAAUUGGACUUAUGGAAUCUUCUGGCAGCUCUCAAGGUCACCAUCUGGAGAGCUGAAUGGAUUCCGUAUCUUUCAUGUACUGGGAUCUUGCGUUAAUGGGUAUCGUUCAGGGAGAUCGGCGUCGGAAGGCCGAGUGCUGGGAUCCUGGUUCUAUCUCCGUCCGAUACUUUUUUUUUUCCUGUCCACAUUCAGAUAACAUUUGAAUUUACUAUUGUAUUUUGAAGAAAACCCCUUCCCUGGAAUGGCCAAACCAGAGUCUGUCGACGCAGGAAAUGGUCAAUUCUGGCCUGUUGCACACCAGAAUGCCACUCCUUAAAGACAUACCGAAACAUAUGAUAGUUAUGACGUAUGCCUGUUGUUUUACCGACAGAGUAUCCAUCGAAAUAUGUUUGCAGGAUGUUGGGGUGGGGUGAUGGGUACUUCAAGGGGCCGAAAGAGAAUGAAAUUUCUGAGAAGCGUAUAGAUCAGGGAGGUAGUGAAGAGGACCAGCAACUGAGACGGAAAGUGUUGAGAGAACUGCAGUCUCUCGUGAGCAAUACUGAAGAGGACGUUAGUGAUUAUGUAACAGAUACAGAAUGGUUCUACCUUGUCUCUAUGUCGCACUCAUUUGCGUAUGGUGUGGGGACUCCGGGCCAAGCACUGGCAACUGAAAGUCCUGUGUGGCUUACUGAGGCAAACAAGGCCCCCAAUCAUAUUUGUACACGAGCUCAUUUAGCCAAGAUGGCUGGUAUCCAGACAAUCGUCUGUGUUCCUACAAGAACUGGGGUUGUUGAGCUUGGAUCUACGGAUUUGAUAAGUCAAAACAUGGACGUUGUUCACCAUAUAAAGAUGGUAUUUGAUGAACCAUUUUGGGGAGCAAAUCGAAGUCAAGUUAUGGCUCAAUCCUUGCUUAUGGACAGCGAUGCGACUUUCUUCCCUCCAAGUCCAAGUAUCAUGUCGAUGGGCACCACAAGUGCGUUUGCAUCAAGCCCCAGCGUAGCUAGUAGAGGCUCUACUCUUGGUAAAGAUCAUGAAUCACAUUAUAGAGGGAGGAAUGUGUCAGUCGAAAAGAUUGGUUCCUCAAUGGCAAGCACUAGCUUUGAUACUUUGGACUAUAUGUGGCAGCAAUCAGACGAAAUGCAAUUUAAUGAUGGAGUAUCAGUUGGUACUACUGAGAAGGACCAAGGACAAUCACGUUUGUAUUAUCCUGUUUUGGGACCACCUGUUCUGGUAGAGAAACUUCCAUUUUCUGCCACUAGUUUGAUAAGUAGAACCAGGGCAGCAGAAGUGAAGCAUUCAAGCAUGCUUCAGAAUGUUGAAAAGUUGGCCUCUGAAGAUCAAAAGCCUUCAUCACUACCACAUAUCAAGGUACAUACUACACACUCCUACCCCGAAAAGACUGGUGCUGGGGAAUUGAGCCAGGUUUUAAGUACCCCAGAUCUCAGACAAUCGAUAGAGAUGAAACUUCCAGCGCAAGUAGAAACCAGGCGUGCUCCCGGAAUAACUGGGGGCGCUACGAAGCCUGUGGCUGAGAAAGCCAAACCUGUUCCUAAACCUCCUCAGCAACAACAGACGGCGAUAUCAGGACCUCCAGCUAGCGCAAGUGGGCGUUCAAGUUUUGAUCAGUCAGAGCAUGAUUCCUUUCAAGAAUCAGAAGCUGAGAUCUCUUUCAAGGAGAGCAGCGCAGUGGAGUUCAGUUUAAAUGUUGGUACAAAACCUCCUCGAAAACGGGGUCGAAAGCCAGCCAAUGACAGAGAGGAGCCCUUAAGCCAUGUGCAAGCGGAAAGGCAGAGAAGGGAGAAGCUCAAUCAGCGAUUUUAUGCUUUGCGAGCUGUGGUGCCAAACGUUUCCAAAAUGGACAAAGCGUCGUUGUUGGGCGAUGCUAUUGCAUACAUUAAUGAGCUUACGAGCAAGCUGCAAUCGGCAGAGGCUCAAAUCAAAGACCUGAAAGGUCAUGUGGUUGGUUCGAGUGACAAAUCACAAGAAUCACUUUCGAUUGCAAGGGGUUCUAUGGAUAACUCGACUAUAGAUGGGUUGAGCAUAAGACCACAAGGGAGUGUUAACAGCACCUCGAUUUCUGGAAAUGCACCAAGUGGGACGAAACCUACUAUUGCAGUGCACAUUCUUGGGCAAGAGGCUAUGAUUCGUAUAAACUGUUUAAAGGACUCUGUUGCCCUUCUUCAGAUGAUGAUGGCAUUGCAAGAGUUACGUUUGGAGGUUCGGCACUCAAAUACCUCCACCACGCAGGACAUGGUUCUACACAUUGUAAUUGUGAAGAUUGAGCCAACUGAACAUUACACACAGGAGCAGCUAUGUGCGAUACUGGAGAGGUCAUGUCAACCCUACAGCUGUUCUACCAAGGAUGAAGGUCACGGGCUUUCAGAAAAGCUAGGUUCAUCAAGACGAUCUCAAUAAUCCCUUGUCUUGGAUCUCACCCUUGCCGUCUAUCAAUGCCUGAUACUAUGAUUAAGUUUGCCCUUGAGGGGCUUGGAACAGAAAUUUUGUCCAAAGUUGCAGUUAUCAAUAAUUUGAGUAAGUUUUUUCAAGUGCGAGAUUCUCUGGCAGGCCGACCGAAAAGCCUGUUUGCAUGAUACGAAAGCUUCAAAAUAUUCAGUAGGGGAAGUGAGGCUGUUAUCGGGUCCUGGUUGGAUAAUGUAUGUACAGUAUGCCGCUAUUCUCAAGCACAUUUCCAAACUUUACCUUUCAAUGUAGAAGAUACGAGUUGCAAAUGUGUCCUGAGUACCUCUACCAGGCAUUAUAUAGCUUAUAUUAUGCAGUUCCUUUUCGAAUUCAUAUUUGGUUUCCUUUUGAAAAAGGUCUCUGGUUGUAAAUGACAAAUUUAUAAUUGAUAGCCCAGGUUGUUUAGAUUUGAGCAA